AGAAACUUCCCUUCACAUGUCCACCUUCUAUAAAAAAAAAUCCUACUCCUCUCCAUUCACAAACUCGCUUUCAAUUCCAACAAAAACAGUUUCAUCAUUAACAUGAGCUACUACGAUCAUCAACAACAGCCUCCAAUCGGUGUUCCUCCCCCACAAGGGUAUCCUCAGAAAGACGCUUAUCCUCCACCAGGUUACCCUUCACAAGGUUAUCCUCCACAAGGGUAUCCUCCUCAACAAGGCUAUGGCUAUCCUCCACCACAACAGUAUGCUCAACAACCUCCUCAGAGACAAGAAGUUGGUUUUCUUGAAGGAUGUUUGGCUGCACUGUGCUGCUGUUGUAUGCUAGAUGCUUGCUUUUAGUACUUCUGAAUGAGAACCUCUUUGUUGGCUCAUUAUUGUAAUUCCAUGAGACAGAAUGUUAGGAAUUAGGGUUUCUUUAGAUUAUUGUCUAAUUUGAGGAUUUAUAAUUCCUCUAGGAGUCUCUAUAAAUGUGUAUCUUAAUUUUUAACCUAUGCAGCACAUGUCUUUGAGUCAAUUAUGUCCCCUCAAAGCGUGAUGCUUUUCCAGAAAUUCUCUCUACUAUGCUUCUAGUGUCGUUAACUUUUCAAUGUGGGAAUUCAAGAUAAUUAUAUAAAUAA